AUGACUGAUUCUGAAUUAAGUAGUUCCUUGUAUUUGCCAAGACGUCGAGAGUCCUCACAAUACGACUUGUCAAAUUGUGGCCUACAAAGAGCACCAUCGACCAGCAAUAUAAUGGAAAAAGAGCGCAGAAUUGCGGAAUUGGAAAGACAGCUUUCACAGGCACAUACGGAGCAGCAACUGGCGAAAAGAGAACUGGAAGUUUACAAAACAAGCCUUGGAUCACUUGAACAGGUGCUGCCUUUGAAAUACUCUCAAAUGGGCUCAGGGCUAACCUUAGGCAUCAAAGGCAGUGUCCCGGCAGAUUUUGCAUUUUGA